AUGACUCUCAUCGAUUUGGUAUUAUCAAAAACUGAUCUAUCAAAUCGUUCAACAAAUGAAAGUCCGAUUCUUCAAUUAUCUGUCUAUCCGAAUGCUGGUGCUUCAACUGAAAAAAUCGAAGUUCGCUGUGAAAUAGCUCAACCAACAUCAAUAUCACCAUUGUCAUCUUCGAAAUUUGAAAAUGUUUUUUUGUCAGUUAAAACAGAUCAUGUUAAACCAUCGGGUAUUCUUCUUAUGUUUGAUGAUACUGCUGAUGGAUGUCGUAGAAAUCGAGACAAUAUUUAUAUUGAUUUUUGUAAUGCAUCACUUAUUUUAAUUCAUAUUAGUCAUACAAUUCUUAAUGAAACUCUUGAAAAAAUAGAUUACGAAUGUCUAAAAGGAUCAACUGCAGUAAUGAGUUCAUAUAGAAUAAAAAAAGAUCAAUAUGCACGCUAUUAUGAUCCAAUAUAUAAUUCAUCGUCUUGUUUGGCACAUACUUCUUUACUUUUAUUAUUUGUCAUUUUCGUAAUACGAAUAAUAAAAUCAAAAAUUAAAUGGUCAUGA